AUGGAGAAUAUUGGUCGAGAACUACUGAUCAAGAGAUUGAGAGAUCGCUUAAAUUCUGACAAAAUCAAGCUGUGGCUGCCCCCUUACACACAAGAAAAUAAACAAAAAGGAAUCGUAUCAAAGGAGCUGAUUAGUAAGUACAGCCAGGAGCUGAAGUUCUCGCCUGAUGAGAUUGCUGAUGGGCUUGAGGAUCUUCGGCUCAGAGCACUGAGCAAACUUGAGGAGAGAGAAAAAUUUCAGACACAGGGCAUUGCAACGUUGCGGGUGAAACUGACUGGAUUGUUACCAAAUGGGAAGUCUUCCAGAAAGGCUUUCCCUCUUGAAUGCAGUCUGGGUAUAACAGGAGCUGACUUGAAGACUCUGAUAGCCAGUCAACAGAGCAUUCAGGCAUCUCUCUUGAAGCUCAUUUGUCAGGGCAGAAUAGUGGAUGAGAAUAGAUGUCUAAAUGACCAAGGCAUAGCUAAUGGCAGUGAUGUCAUGGCUAUGUUGAUGUCAUCGUCUGAUACAAAAAUAGCACAGAAAGAAGCUGAGUUGAUAGAGGUGGAGAAGACACGACAUGCAGCGGAGUUACUGUCUUCCAGAGAAGAUGAUGAUGAAGAUUUUGACAUACAGAUAGCAGACCAAACUGGCAAACCAUUGAUGUUACCAAAGGAGGAGAAGAAGGCGCUUACCGUGGCCAUGACAUUUUAUGAGAAAGGUCGAGCUGCCCUGAAGCAGAAGAAGAUCUCGCUGGCCCUGCCUUUAUUUCUGGAAGCGGACGCAGAGUUCAGAAAAUGUCGCUCAGAGCUGCUUCAGGCCACGGAUAACUAUGCAAUACUGUGCCUGGAUAUUGUCUGGUGUUACUUGAGUCUGAAAAACCUGGACCAGUUACCUGAUGCGGAGAUCAGACUCAGUAAAAGUGAAGAAUGUUUCAAGCGAUGCUAUGGUGAAAAAAUGGAGCGGUUAGCUUCAAUAAAGGGUGGGACUGGUACUGAGCAGGCUUUGUUCAUGAGACUGUAUCUUCUGCAAGGAAUUGUUGCAUUCCAUAAGGGAGAUUUGAUCAAUGCUCGCAAUUUAUUUGGACGGGCGGAAUUUGUCCUGACAUUGCUGCAUGUUGAUGAAACCCAGUUGAAUGAAGUUAUGCUCAUGGGGUUCACAGAGAGAGAGGCAAGACUGGGUCUCAGGGCGAAGAACGGCAAUGUCUCCCAGGCUGUUGAUUACAUUGUGGAGCUGAAAAGGAAACAUGAGGAAGCAAACAAGCAUGCCAAAAAGGAUUGGAAUCGAAGAGUUCAGAGCAAGAAACUUGGCAAAACAGCUGGAGGAGAGCCUGUGAAUGUCGAUCACUACGACAGUCUGGUGGACAUGGAGUUUCCACCAGGGGCAGCAGCAGAGGCACUCCGACAAGCCAACAAUGAUUUGGGCACUGCCAUCGAGGUUACAAGUCUGGGGUUUGACAUAGAGAUAGCUCGACGGUUCUUGAGGCAGUACCGAGGGGACAUCCAGCGAGCUGUGGAUAAUCUGCUGAAGAGUGGAGGGAUCUUACCUCAUCCGUCAGCAUCCGGUUCAUCCACAUCUGUGUCGGAGUCCUCUGCCUCUUCUGUUUCAGCAUCAUCUGAAACAUCAAGUCCAGAGGCUGGGCCCUCUCACAGACUUAAGAAAGAAGAGAAAGAAGCCUUGGAUUCUUUCGUCUCUGACAUCAACACAGACGCCGAUGACCACCUGGACCUGACCCUAUCGGAAGAGAGAGAGAUCUUGAAUUUAUACCAGGGCUUGUUGACAAGCUUGCCUCUAUAA